GAAUUCGAAAAAAAUGGAAACAGCCCAUAGCAUUUUACUUUUCGAACAUAUUAACCGCAGAUAGAAUGACAGUAAUUUUGAAAGAGAUACUUACGGAAUGCUUCAAUUACAAUAUUAAUAUAGUCGCAACUGUGUGCGACUUAUCAACCGUUAACUUGAAAGUGUUGAAAACACUUGGUGCUUCACCUGCAGAACCCUACUUCAUACAUGAUCAAAGGGAAAUAGUAACAGUGCUAGAUCCACCUCAUUUAUUAAAAUGCACUCGCAAUCUCUUAAUGAAGCAUAAUAUUGAAUGUAUAACAGAUUUAGAGUCACAAGAUGCAAGUAUUAAAGGCAUAGUCAAAUGGAGUCACAUUGAUAAAAUAUAUGUGUUAUUUUACUGUAUAAAAUAG